CUAUGCAGAUGAGAUAAUGAGCAUCAUGGAGAGAGAAAGACAAUUAAGAACCUGAAGUCAGGAGCUGGCACAGAGGACAUGGGAGGGUGCUGUUUACUGGCUUGCUCCCCAAACCUUGUUGAGCUUUUUUAUAGAACCCAGGACCACUAGCCCAGGAGGAGCACCACCCACAAUGGGCUUGACCCUCCCCCACAAACUGCUAAUUAAGAAAGUGCUCUACAGGCUUACCUACUGCCUGAUCUUAUGGAGGCAUUUUCUCAGUUUAGUUUCCCUCCUCCCCAAUGAUUCUAGCCUGUGUCAAGUUUACAUAAAUUAGCCAGCACAUACAUCAUGGGCAGUCUCAAAAAUAUUGUGCUAAUUUUGAUGUUCCUUGAGCUUACUGGUUAGGAUUUGAUGCUCUCGUAAAAGUUUUAUGCUGGAUGAGAGAAAUCUGUUGAUUUUUAAAUCACAUAUUUUAUAAUUCUGUUCCAUACAAAACAAACAAAUCUAUGGAGACAGAAGGUGUUUUGGUGGUUGUCUAAGGUUGGGAAAAUGUGUAGGAAUGGAGACUAGUUGGGUACAAUCUGUAUGGGUAAUAAAGAAAAUAUUUUAAAGUAGAGAUAAUGCUAAUCGUUGCACAGUUCUGCAAACAUAGGAAUAACCACUAAACUGUAUACCUCAAAUGUGUGAGAUACUGUGUUGUCUCUGGUUCAAAAAGAUGUUCAAAGCAAUGGAAAAUAGCUCUAGGAUCCUAUGAUUUCAAGUAAGCAGGCAGAAGAGUCCCACAGACAGAACAUCAGACACAGCAGAAGGUCAGGUAAUUGUCUUGUUGCUUCAGGCUUUCCCAGGUAAAGGAGCGUCAAGACUUCUCUAUUUCUGGAAGAAAUUGUGUGUCUCCUUACACUAGUGGAGAGUAACCAAGAUGUAGGGAGCUCCCAUGCCCAAAUAAAGCAACCAACCAAUCUUCUAAAAUGUUUUACUAAAAGAAAUUUGUUCUCUCAGUCUUCAAAUAUCUCUGUUAUCACUAUAUUUAACACAUUACAUUCAAAUCAAGCUGUGCUGGUCAAUUUUAUAAUAAACAACUCCUGUUAGUUAUAAGUAACUAGGGAAAUGCUCUCACAGCCAAUGGAGAAAAGUUGCCUUGAAAUCUAUAUUUAAAAAAAAAAAAAAAAAGAUUCAGCUUCCCAGAAUAAAUUUUCUUGAAAACUCUCAACAACAAAAGCCAAGUAACAGUUUAAUUUUUGAUUGCCUACAAGUGUUGGAAGUAAGGGUCUCGUGGUAUUAGGGCAUGAACUGUAUCAUUUCAUUUUUAGCUGGCAAACCAGCCUCCAUUCCUGGGCCAGUGCACUGUUCAUUAAAAAGAACUGGGCAUUCAGUCCCCAGGUCCUCACCUAUAGUUCUGUUUUCACUAACCAGGCCAUCUGCUGCACUUCCCGACCAAGAGCUGCCCUUUCUGUGAUACAGUGACUAAGCAUCUCCCUCUGGGAACACCAGCUUCACUGUCUUUAAAUUCUCUCAUGUUGCUGCUGCUAUCAUGCUAUCAGUUGUGCUGCCGGAGACACAACUCAUUGGUUAAAUAACAAAUUCCUCUCGCUAAUAGCUUGAGUUUGUUCCCAGAGCCCACAUCCAGCAACUCACAAUCUCCUUUAAUUCCAACUGCAAUGGGGUCUUCUUCUGGCCUCCUCAGGUACAUGCACACAGAACACAUAUACACAGAUACAUAUACAUACAUAUAAUUAAAACAUAUAUUUUAAAGUGCAUUCAGAUUUAAGGCCAUAAUUUUCUUCAUAAUUUUUCUCAUAAUCUUUCUCAUCAGUGCAUACAAGUACUUAAAGCUCAAUUAUCUUACUUUAAUGUUCUCACCCAAUUACUCAGAAGAUGAACUGUCUCAUGAACCUUACAGACAAAAUAGAACUCAUCAGAUGUUAAUUACUUCUUUUUUUUUGUGUGUGUGUGUGUGUGUGUGUGUGUGUACCAAGUCUUCACCUUGGCAGCAUCUACCAUACUUUUCUCAUUUGGGGAUGCUUCUCACCAAGUCCAAUCCCUUUCUGUAUUCUGGAUCCAAUCUGGGGCCUCUGCAUUUUAUUCCUUUCUAAUGAAUAUUAAACACCAACAUUAAAAAGAUGUUCAAGUUUCUCUAGUCUUCCUAAACUGAAUAGUGGUGAGGCACACCCUUAAUCCCAGGCAGAGGCGGGCAGAUCUCUGCGUUUGAAGCUGGCCUGGUCUAUAGCGUGAGUUUUAGAACAUCUGGGGCUAUGUAGAGAAACCCUGUCUCAAAAAGAAAGAAAAUAAGGAAGGAAGAAGUAAACAAAGAAACAAAACGUGACCUGUGCUUUUCUUCAGGUACCGACCUGUUUCUUCCUGUUACAGCCUUCAUUUACAGAUUUCUUGACUGCAUUUUCUACCCUCAUUUGCUUCCUAGUCCCCCAAUGUUUUAACCAAGGGCAAUUUCAUUUUCUUUGCAACCAUCCUACUGCUAAAAAUUCUAUUUUAAAUUUUGUGAAUGAUGUCUAUGCACGUGAAAUAUUAUAUCACCAAAACAAAGCGAUGCAACUACACAAUACUUUGCAAAAGUUUUUCUCUUUUGUGUGACCAUGUCAACAAAAUGGCUAUCAUAAAGAAUUAGACUUCAUUCUAAAUGACUGCUCCAACAUUGUCUAUGGCAAAGUAAUAGUCUAUACUGUUGUGACUUCUUAAUAUCAUAUCUAUGUUCUAGAAGAUCAUUUAUACCUCUUCUGUCACAGAAAUCCAUCUGUGAAAUUGCCAAGGUCAAACCAAACCACAAUGAGGCUCAGACAGGCAGGUCAGCUCAGUUGCCUGUGUCUUAGUCACUAUUCUAUUGCCGUGGUAAAACAUAUGUCCAAGGCGACUUAUUUUAAGAAGUGCUUAACUCAGGACUUACUGUGUCAGAGGUUAGAGUCCAUGGUGACAGAGCAAAGGUCUGGUGGCCGAAACAGCCGAGAACUCACAUCUUGAUCUGCACAUUGCAGGCAGAGAGACAGACACUAGGAAUGGCAUGAGUGUUUUGGAAAUCGCAAAGCCCAACCCCAGUUAACACACUUCCUCCAAUCAGGCCACACCUCCUAAUCCUUUCCAAGUGGUUCUACCAACUGGGGACCAAGUAUUCAAACUUAAGAGUCCAUGGCAAGCAAUCUCCUUCAAACCAACACACCAUGCAUUUGGCUACAUAUAGAAGAGCAGCACAUAUUUUAUCAGGCCUCUAUCCACAAAUACAACCUUAAAUACAAUAGAUAGUUCUAACACUUAAUGUUUUUCUUGACUUUAGAGUGUUUGCUGCUGUUCCUCUUUCUUGCUUCCUUGAAAUUCCGCUUGCCUUUCGAAGAAUGACUUUGAACUCUGGGUCAUCUUUGUUUUAAGAAUGAUACUUAUUUUUCUUUUUUUUAAAUAAGUGAAUCUUGAUUCUACUGUCCUGUGUAGACAAAAAUCAGACACUAAAAUUUCUUUUCCAAAAUUGGAGUAGCGCUUGUCCAUGACCUGCACAUAUCCUUUCACAUACUUUAAAUUAUUCCUGGAUUACUUAUAACCCAAUACCUGGUAACAUGGGAAAGUCUGACAUACUCAAUAGAAAUGAAAUUUGGGGGCUACAUUGUGACUGUAAUUUUAUUUUGAAGCUCAGAAUUGAACCAGAACCUCAGUGAAGCAUGACAUCCACUCACACCAGUCCUGAGUUGUCUCCACAUAUUUUCAUUGUUUUCUCUUAACAGACAUUUAGUCAGUUCUUUCUGGCUACUUUGUAAAUGUCAACUCAUUAAUUUCUAUGACAGAGGCCCUAGGAGGAAAACACUGCCAGCAUCCAAUUUUAUAGGUAAGGAAAUAAAGGUACAUAAUUUGUCCACGUCCACAGAGAGUGACAGAACCAGGAUUCUGUCUUCCUAAAUAUUAUCCAUCUCGUAGGUCACAGUUCCAUGUUGGAUGUUUCUGUUAUUCUUUACCUACAUGUCUUAAUCACUAGCUAAGCAGUUUUUGUUGCCUGCAAGCUGCCCGUCUCCUUCCAUGGUUCUCCCUGGCAUGGAGCUCACUAUGUAGGCCAAGCCGACCUGACACACUUACAGAUCCCUUUGCUUCUGCCUUUUGAGUGCUGGGAGUAAAGGUAUGUGCCAUCAUACCUUACUUGUUUUUAAUCUAAAAGCAAAGAGUCUAAUACCCCCAUAUCUUAAGUUAAUUAGUAACAAAAAGCAGGGUGUUCUCUGGUUUUUCUUGAUUUAUGUGUGUGUGUGUGUGUGUGUGUGUGUGUGUGUGUGCAAAGUGUAAUGGUGUUACAGUUAUAUAAUGAACUCACCCUAACAAGUGUUUACCAGUGUGAAGGUAAAUAUUUGUAACUACUAAAGAAUUUUCUUGAAAUAAACAUUAUUUGCUUAUUUUGUGGUACUUUAGUGGAUCUUUUUGAGUUGGACAUUCAAAGCACUAAUGUUUUCAUAGAGAGUGUAAGCUUUGUUUGGAUUCUAAUUAAAACAAGCCAACAACACGAGACAUUUUGUAGAAAACCGAGAAAGUCUAAACAGACUGAGUUUUAAGCUAUAUCCAAGAAUCAUUUCUGUAUGGCAACUGUGGUGUUGAUAUUGUAAUUAUAUUUUUAAAGGCCUUGAUAAUUAGAAAUAAUUAAGGAAUACUUAGAGAUAAAUAAAAUCUAUGUGAAAUUUGCUUUUGAAUAUUCUAGAUAGAUAGAUAGGUAGAUAGAUGUAUUCACGAAAUUUUAGGAAAAAAACUAUUAAAUGAAAAAAUACAUAGAGACACAUGGUGGCGCUGUAGGAUAACGUGAAACCGUGUAUAGCUCGCCCUGUGGGCUCCGCUAUGGAAAGGAUCGGAGAACAGCCAAUCCACUGAGAAGCGAGGUAACUGGAGCUUCACGGACCGAGCUGCCAAGGGAUUUUCAAUAGAAAUAUCGGGCCUUCAUCUCUCAGAAUUGGGACCAAAUCAAGUUUUGGAAAAAAAGAGGUUGCCUGAAGGAACCAUGGGAACCGGAAGGGUGCUCAUCCUGCAGAAAAGGCAAGUCUUGGUUUUCUCUAUUUUGCUGGGAUUGUCUCGGGCGAGUACCGAAUCUUUGCGCUAUUCUGUAGCUGAGGAAAUAGAAAUUGGCUCUUUUGUGUCUAAUCUGGCAAGGGAUUUAGGGCUGGGGGUUGCGGAGCUGUCCUCCAGAGAGGCAAGGGUAGUGUCAGAUGAUAAUAAAAAACGUCUGCUCCUUAACGUCCUGACCGGAGAUGUGCUCCUGAAUGAGCGACUGGACCGAGAAGAGCUGUGUGGCUCCACCCAGCCCUGUGUGCUGCCUUUUCAGGUGGUACUGGAAAACCCUUUACAGUUCUAUCGGGCCGAGCUGCACGUCAGAGACAUAAAUGAUCACUCCCCUACAUUCCUAGACAAGGAAAUAACUAUUAAAAUACCAGAAAGCGCAACUGUGGGAGCCACAUUCUUAAUUGAGAACGCUCAAGACCUGGACAUAGGAAGCAAUAGUCUCCGGGACUACAGCAUUAGCCCCAGUCAUCAUUUCUAUGUUAAAACUCAUGACAGUGGUGAUGGGAAGUUAUAUCCAGAGCUGGUUCUGGACAGAGCUUUAGAUCAUGAGGAGGAAUCUGAGCUGAGAUUGACACUUACAGCUUCAGAUGGUGGUUCUCCACCCAGAUCUGGGACUACACUGAUUCUCAUAAAGGUCUUGGACAUCAAUGAUAAUGCUCCUGAGUUUGCUCAGAGUCUCUAUGAGGUGCAGGUCCCAGAGGACAGGCUCAUUGGUUCCACUAUCAUUGCCAUCUCUGCUAAGGAUUUAGACACCGGAAAUCAUGGGAAAAUAUCAUAUUCAUUUUUGCAUGCAUCAGAAGAUAUCAGAAAAACCUUUGAAAUCAACCCAACAUCUGGGAACGUCAAUUUGAGAUCACUACUGGAUUUUGAAGUAAUACAAUCCUAUUCUGUAAAUAUCCAAGCAACAGAUGGUGGAGGUCUUUCAGCAAAAUGCACUCUUUUAGUUAAAGUAUUGGAUAUAAAUGACAAUGCACCAGAAGUGACUAUAUCAUCAAUUACAAAGACAAUUCCAGAGAACGCUUCAGAGACCCUGGUCGCUCUGUUCAGUGUCCGAGAUCAAGACUCUGGGGACAACGGAAGGAUCCUUUGCUCUAUUCAGGAUGACCUUCCAUUUCUCCUGAAACCCACCUUCAAGAACUUCUUCACUCUACUUUCUGAGAAAGCACUAGACAGAGAGAGUACUGCCGAGUACAACAUCACCAUCACCGUCUCCGACAUGGGCACACCCAGGCUCACAACCCAGCACACCAUAACAGUGCAGGUGUCCGACAUCAACGACAAUGCCCCCACCUUCACCCAAUCCUCCUACACCCUGUCUGUCCGCGAGAACAACAGCCCCGCCCUGCACAUAGGCACCAUCAGAGCCUCAGACUCAGACUCUGGCUCCAAUGCCCACAUCACCUACUCGCUGCUGCCUCCCAAUGACCCUCAGAUGGACCUCGCCUCUCUCAUCUCCAUCAACGCUGAAAAUGGGCAGCUGUUCUCACUCAGAGCGCUGGACUAUGAGGCCCUGCAGUCCUUCGAGUUCCGCGUGGGCGCCACAGACCAAGGAUCCCCUGCACUCAGCAGCCAGGCGCUGGUGCGCGUCCUGGUGCUGGACGACAAUGACAAUGCGCCCUUCGUGCUCUACCCUCUGCAGAACGCCUCUGCGCCCUGUACAGAGCUGCUGCCCAGGGCGGCAGAGCCCGGCUACCUGGUCACCAAGGUGGUGGCAGUGGACCGCGACUCUGGCCAGAACGCCUGGCUGUCAUUCCAGCUGCUCAAGGCCACGGAGCCAGGGCUGUUCAGCGUGUGGGCGCACAAUGGCGAGGUGCGCACCACCAGGCUGCUGAGUGAGCGCGAUGCCCCCAAGCACAGGCUGCUGCUGCUGGUCAGGGACAAUGGCGAUCCUCAGCGCUCUGCCAGUGUCACUCUGCAUGUGCUGCUGGUGGAUGGCUUCUCCCAACCCUACCUGCCUCUGCCAGAGGUGGCGCGCGACCCCGCGCAGGAUGAUGAAGAUGUGCUCACGCUGUACCUGGUCAUUGCCUUGGCGUCUGUGUCUUCGCUUUUCCUCCUGUCUGUGCUGCUGUUCGUGGGGGUGAGGCUGUGCAGGAGGGCCAGGGCGGCCUCUCUGGGUGUCUGCUCUGUUCCUGAGGGACACUUUCCUGGCCAUUUGAUGGACGUUGCACGUACAGGAACCCUGUCCCAGAGCUAUCAGUAUGAGGUGUGUCUGACUGGAGGUACUGGAACAAAUGAGUUCAAAUUCCUGAAGCCGGUCAUCCCCAGUCUUCAAUUCCAAGAUGAUGCUGGUUCUAACGUGCAGGGUAAUGAGAACUUUCGGAAUAGCCUUGGAUUUAAUAUUCAGUAGGAAAGUUUCCUUUAAACUCUUAAUAUUUUCUUUUUAUUGAGAAAAUUGCAUAUGCUUUUUUCCUAAUCUGUAAUGGAUUUUAGGUUUUACUAACGUUGCAUGCAUUUUCAUUUCAUGUUUUUUUUCCACAGUUGCUUUGAAAAAUCUUUAUUGAGAUUACAGUGAUGCAAAGAAACAAUCUGCACUUUUUGCUUUGUUUAUUUUGCUAAAUUGUUAUGUUAAUUUUUUGCUGUUGUUAUGCAAGACACAGCAAUGGAAAUGCUGACUGAAGUAUGUAGAGGGAAUGCCUUGAGCUGGUGAUUCCUGUAACACUUACUGGGUGGAGGCCACAAGCAGGCAGCCCUGCGUGGAUCUACAGCAAAAGACAGGGAGGGAAGGUAGAAGGGAACAAAAAAUGGGGCAAAUGUCACCAUAUAUGGUAGUUAUUUGAAUGUGCUGUGAAAACCGUGCACCAGAUUUUGCUGCAUCUAGGAAAAAGUUAUGGUGGAUCAUUCGUAGUAUUCUCUGUUGGAUUAUCUCUUCAGAAAAGAUUUUUUUUUAAUGCUGUCCCUCGGUAUCCAGCAGCCGUAGUAUCGGUAGUAGUAGUGUUUCCAAGAAUUAAUUUCUGCUCAUGUGGCUGCAUUAAACACUGAUUUCUGAA